CUUACCUUGUAAAGCCACUUGUGCGCGACGUAGCAGCUGCACAGACAGUGAAAUGUCGACUCCUGCGACCACAUCCGCAGCGCCAGCCGCACCUGCUAUUGCCCCUGCAGCUAGCUCUCCUUUUAUGAAUGGCAAUGUUAUUGAUGGAAAGGCAGUUGCGGCUAAGAUCAGGGAGGAGACGGCUGCUAAGGUCGCGGAGCUUAAAGCCAAGUAUGGCAAGGUUCCGGGCCUGGCCGUGGUGAUUGUGGGCGAGCGCAAGGACAGCCAGACGUACGUGCGCAUGAAGAAGAAGGCGUGUGAGGAGGUGGGCAUUGCAUCCUUCGGCGCAGACCUGCCCGACACCGCCACACAGGACGAAGUGCUGGCUGUGGUGGCCGGCUUCAACGCGCACCCGGACGUGCACGGCAUCCUGGUGCAGCUGCCGCUGCCCAAGCACAUCGACGAGCAGGCUGUCCUGGGCGCCAUCAGCGUUGAGAAGGACGUGGACGGCUUCCACCCGCUCAACAUUGGGCGGCUGGCCAUGAAGGGGCGCGAGCCGCUGUUCACGCCCUGCACGCCGCUGGGGUGCAUGGUGCUGCUGGAGCGCUGCGGCAUCCCCAUCAAGGGCAAGCGGGCUGUGGUGGUGGGCCGCAGCAACAUCGUGGGCAUGCCCGCCGCCCUGCUGCUCAACAAGCGCGACGCAGCGGUCACCGUCGUGCACAGCGCCACUCCCAAGGCGGACGCUGAGGCCAUGUGCCGCCAGGCCGACAUCAUCAUCGCCGCCGCGGGGCAGGCGCAGCUGGUGCGCGGCAGCUGGGUGAAGCCGGGCGCGGCGGUGAUCGACGUGGGCACCAACCCCAUCGACGACAAGACCAAGGCCUCGGGCUACCGGCUGGUGGGCGACGCGCACUUUGAGGAGUGCAAGGCCGUGGCCGGAGCCAUCACCCCAGUGCCGGGCGGCGUGGGCCCCAUGACCAUUGCCAUCCUGCUGCGCAACACCGCCGACAGCGGCGAGCGCUUCCUCACCGGGACCGUCAAGGUCUCUUCCAAGCCGCAGCGCAAGGGCCUGGCCCGCCUGCUGCCCACACGCGACCAGCUGGCGUCGCCGCUGCCGCUGCUGGCGGCGGCGGUGGGCGUGGCGGCGGGGGCGGUGCUGCAGCGCGCGACCGCAGGACGCCGGUGACCACCCCGCAAGUAGGAGUGCGUGCGUAUGCAUCUUGAGUGCUGAAUGGACGUGGGUUGGCGAUGCCCCAUCGAAGCCAGCAAAGCACGUCUUGGCGAGCGCUGAAGGGACAUGGAAACGAAAGGGCCGUGGGUUGACAAUGCCGAGGCGCAUGUGCAGGCGUGGUGUGUGGCGCACAUGCCCAAUGGCAGCACUGGACGGCACGUGCCGACAGCUGCCAACAAUGCCGUGCCCAGGGUGCAGCACCCCUGGGGGGGGAGAUGUGUAAUGGCGGUUUGCGGCGGGCGCUGUGAUUCCAGGAGAACAUGUGGCGGGUAGGUGGGUGGGUAGCGUGCAGGCGCGCGCGGCAGUGUUGUUGCGAAGGGGGCAAGUGAAGGCGGAGCAGGCUGGACGAAGGGGUGUGGGAGCUUGCGCGGCGAGUGGGGUGGGCUGGCGACAGCGCACCGCAGGCUCUCACACCCCAAUGUCGGGACGAUGCCCGAAUGCUGCUGGGGGCACAGGCGUGUGUGCGUGUGUGUUCAUGGGAGCGGCACAGAGGAGCAAGGCGGCGGCACGGCGCGCAGUGAUGUGUUGCGACGGAUGCUGGCGUCGGGCAUGGGACCGGAUCAAUAACCUGGACCGGACAGACCAUGAGCCCGUACCAUCAGGCCGGGCGGCUCCAAACUCCUUGAGCCUUUGAGGCCCGGUCCUCUCCUGGAGACCUGGACCUACUGCCAGUGUGCCCUCCGCCACACACGCGUGUACUUUUAAGGCUACAGAAGCUCA